ACUCCCACAUUUAGUUGUUGAAUUAAAAAACUCAUUUGUGUUUGGAAUCCAAAAUGGCAAGAAGUUUCGACCUUUCUUUGAUUCUCUUUGUUCUGUAUCUGUCCACUGCAGCAAUAGCCAUGGCCAGAAACCUUGAAGAGGAAUCAACUGGUGAUACGGAGUUCAUUAAAGCCUCUUGUGAGACGACGUCUUACCCGGACCGAUGCUUCCAGUCCCUGUCUUCAUAUGCAAGCGAGAUCAAGAAGCAGCCACGUAAGCUUGUUGAGACAGCGCUUGCCGUUAGCAUAGCCCGAGCAAAGUCAGCCAAAACCUACGUCUCAGAGAUGACUGACUAUAAGGGAAUCACAAAGAGGCAGCACGAGGCUGUAGCGGACUGUUUAGAGGAGAUGGGAGACACUGUUGACAGGUUGAGCAAUUCGCUGAAGGAACUGAAGCACCUGGAGGAAGGUGACAGCGGAGAAGACUUUUGGUUCUGUCUGAGCAAUGUCCGGACGUGGACAAGCGCGGCUCUGACAGAUGAGACCACAUGUCUUGAUGGGUUUGGAGGGAAAGCCAUGAAUGGGGAGCUGAAAAGCUUAAUUAGAACACGCAUUGUGAGUGUGGCGGAAGAGACGAGCAAUGCCUUGGCUCUGAUCAAUGACUUUGCUUCCAAGCAUUGAAAACAUUUCAAAGGGAUAUGGUCUUGGGGACAGAGCUUUUCUCUUGGAUUUGGUUUUUAUUGGGCUUUGAAGAAAUGUGCUUUGGUUUGGUUUUGAGGCAUUUCAGUUUCUCUUACCCUGUUGUUGUAUCAUCUACGGUCUACAUAGUUGAUGUUGAUUUUUCUCAAUGUUUUAAAAUAGAUUACUUACCAAACA